AUGGAUUAAGACUUCAAUUUAUUAUAGACUUAAAGACUUUAAUAUUAAUCAGAAUUUAAAUAACAUUGCUAUCAAUGUAAUUUAUGUAAUGGAAUUACAGAUGAACUAUUUGCAAUUUAAUGUGUAGAAAUAGUAAUCUAAGUAUGUUUGAAUUGUCAUAAUAUUAUAAACAAUAAUGAUAAUGACAAGCAAUUACUAGGAGUUUGUUGGCAUCUCCCAAUAACUGAUAUUCCUUAUUGUUCCAAAGUAUUAUUCAAAUUAGAUUCAUAAGCUAAAUUUUAUAAUCUAAAAAUUAAAGAAUGCAUGAUCUGUUGCAUUUAGAAAAUAUGCUGCAAAGUUUGUAUGAAUGAACAUUAUUUCUGUAUUGAUUGCAUUGAUACAUAUAUUUAGCAUUAUUAUUCAUAGACAUAUAGGAUUCCUUGUCCUGAAUAACUUUGUAAUCAAGAAUUAAAUCAUUAUCUCAUAGCUUAAUUUAUAUCACUUGCAUAGGUUAAAUAUUGGAAAAUAAUAAAUAGUGAUUUAUUUUGUAUAAAAAAGAGUUGUUGUUCAUAACUUUAAAUUAAUCCUUAUUUCAAACUUUAACCUUUAAACCUUAUAAAAAUGAAUGAGAAUGUAAUGUAAUGUUUAUCAUGUAAAACAAAGAUUUGUAAUANAACAUAUGUAUAAAAAUCUAAAAGAAAAUUAAACAUAAAUAACAUAAACAAUAAAUAAAUUUUAUUAAAGAUCUGAUGAAUAAAACAUAGAUUAUCCAGAAUUUUAGAAUUUUAUAAAUAAAUUUUCAAAUCUACACAAACGUUGUGGUAAAGAUUGUAUCCAUGUAACAAGGUAAAUUAUUUUACUUUUUUUAGAUUUUACAUGAGACUUGGAUUUAUACCUUUAAGAUAUUUAAAUAAACGUAAAGCUAUGAAAUUAGCCAAACCAGUUGUACUACCUUGUUUUUCCAAAUAAAGUUGA